AUGUCACAUAGCAAGCGCAACACGUCUCUUGCCUUCUUCACCUCCCAUGAACGCGCCGAACUCAAAUCAACCUGGGGCUCACAGUCGACACGCCUUUCCAGAGACUCUUUCUUGACCUUCGGAUCCUGUCAACUAUGCCUCCUUCCUGCCGUCGACCCAGUAACAUGCCCGUCCGGUGACCUUUUUUGUCGCGAGUGCGCCAUGAACAAUUUGCUGGCACAGCGGAAGGAAAUCAAACGGCUGGAGAAAGAUUUGGAAAAGCAGAGGAAAGAAGAUGAGGAGGAGAAGGCGCAGGAUGAUGAUGAGGCUAGGGAGAGAGCUGUGAAGGAUUUUGAGGCCGUGCAGAUGGGACUCGAAGUCAAGAUUGGAGCUGGCGGAAAGGUCAUUGGGCGCGAAGGUGGAAAGGUCGUUGUAGAGAAAGUCGAGGACCUCAAGGACGAUGAAACCCCGGAGCAAGGGAGAGGCAAGAAGCGGAAGUUCGAGAUCGACGAGGAGGAGCUAUUGCGCAUUGCGAAAGAGGAGAGAGGCCGAGCAAAGUUGGCUCUAGAUGAGGAAAGGAGAGCGGCUCAUCCACAUUUGCCCUCCUUCUGGGUCCCUUCGGAGACCCCAUCAUCUAACCACACUACUUCCGCCUUACGAAAGCACAAUCCGACGUGUCCAGCUUCGAGCACCUCCUCUCCCCAUGACAUAUCUCUCAAAACACUCACCGCAGUACAUUUCACCAAGGAGAUGUCGUCCGACGGUGGGUCUGUCCCCAGCUGUCCCAGCUGUCGGAAAGCACUCACAAACUCCACAAAAGCGUGUCUAGCGAUACCAUGUGGCCACGUACUGUGCAAACCAUGCGUAGCAAAAUUCAUGACGCCACAUCACCGGCAUCAUCGCGAUGCUCACGACGAGGAUCCUGAACCGGAAACAAUACACUGCUAUGUCUGCGACGCAGACUUGACUACACCACAGCAGAAGAAGGCAAAGCAUGGCAAGGAACAUAAGAAGGACAAGGAGCGAGGUCUCAAACCAGGUCUGGUAGAAAUCAGGAGUGAGGGAACGGGGUUCGCAGGCGGAGGCAAGAACGUGGUGAAGAGACAAGGGGUGGCAUUUCAAGUUUAA